AAAGAGUGGGGGGUUUAGAAACGGGGCGUAGAGAGAGAAAGCUUCUUAAUAUCCUCUUUCUCUUCGCCGCGGAUUCUUCCGUUACACCAAUCAUCAUCAUACCAUAUAUUAAUAUUAAACAUAACAACAAGCGUACAUACAGUAUCUUUCUAGAGAGAGAGUAAGCGAGAGUGAUAGUCAAGUGCGAUCUUCGGAGAGAGAAAAAAUGAGUAACGAAGGGAGGACUGACAAUGGCGGCGUCGAAGAGGAGAUACCGCCGGAGAGUAAGAAGAUGGUGGAGAGUUUGAAGGAGAUAGUUCACUGUGCUGAAUUGGAGAUCUAUUCUGCUCUCAAGGACUCUAACAUGGACCCUAACGAAGCUGUUAAUCGCCUUCUUUCUCAAGACCCUUUUCACCAGGUGAAAAGCAAAAGAGAAAAGAAAAAAGAGAAUAAGGAUUUACCAGAAACAAAGUUUCGUGUUAGUAGCACUUUACAUCGUGGCUCUAAAAGUGACAGAGGACGUGGAGCCUCAGCUCAGUUAAGCUCUUUUGACUCAAGUUCUUUCCAAGGCAAGCUUGCAUACAAAAAGGAGAACGGAGCAAACUCUUACACAACUUCUUUAUCAGUUCCUCAAGUGGCAGUGGAUAAUUCAAGCUGGCGUCCUUCAGCAUUCAGUACCUCUGUAUCCAUGGAAAAUCAAAAGUCAAAGAGAAGCGUAGUUGGGGCGAUAUCGGCUUCACAAACUAAUUCUGGUUAUCGAUCUGCUUCGGUGGGUGUCCCUGGCCGAAAAUCAGUCGCCAACAUUGUAAAGAAGGGGGGACAUCAGAGCAAUGCUGCCAACUCACUAAAGUCAUCUCAAAGCAGUUUUAACUGGCCUCCCAAGUCCUCGGAGUUUUAUAAAGAGUUUUCUUCUUCUGAAAACCAAGUACUUAAGGUUACAGAUCAAUUUGGGAAACAGGUGGCUCCUCCUGAUGAACAGCCCUUAUUGAAACCACCAGAAAACGCCAACUUGUCAUCAGUUUUGGCUUCUCAUGCUGAAUCACAACUGCAUCCAGUUCUACAAGACUUGCCAUGUGGCAAAGCUACUCAACAUCUGCAUUCUGAGAAAAAGGAGUUGAAGGAAGGAGAGGAGAAGUCUUUUACAUAUCGUGAUGAUUAUCAUGUUGGUUCUGCUAUGAUUUCCAGUGGGACACAGGGAAUCAAACCUGGAAAUGCGUUGUUGUUUGGUGAUGGCAUAAAUACGAAAUUGGGCCCUUACCAGUCUUAUAAUUAUGCUUGCCAAAAUGAGGAAGUAAAAGAUGGUGUGGCUACCUCAAAAUUGUCAGAGACUGCUACCCUGCAGCACCUUAGUACACAGGAGGAAGAACAGAAGCCAUCUUAUGAAGAGGAUGGCUCUUCUGUUUUGAUCCCAGAUCACUUGCAAGUCAACUCUGCUGGCUGUUCAUAUUUGAGUUUUGGCAGCUUUAAAUCUAAUCUUGUCAUUGGUGUCUCUGGGUCGAUAUCCUCAAGAAAUAACAUGGAAGAGACACCCAUAGUGGCCAAUGCUUUUAUGAACGGAAAGGACCGCAACAGGAAAAUAGAGAAAUACAGGGAGGAUUCAUUUUUAAAAGCUUCAGAUGAAAUUUUAGCUCAUAGAAAUAGUAGAGUUGCCGGGACUUUUAAUUCAGCGUCCGCUACACAAUCAGAUUUCUUAAAACAGGAAUACUCUGAAGCGGUGGGGGCACAUGGUAAUGAAUAUCCGUUUCAAAAAGCCUGCCAGAACUUUGCAUUUGAUUACACACAGAAGAGCUCAUGGAUGCAAAAUCUCCCUUCCUCUGAUGCGAUGGGACACACAGAUCCAUUUUCCAGUGCUCGAUUAACAGCAAAUUUUCCUAUAAGAGACUCUGAAUUCUCAUACUCACCUUUCCCUGUGGCACAAUCAGUGGCUUUGAAGUAUGGCAACUCAGUGUCUUCCACAAAUGGUUCAUCCAUUUCUUUGGAAGAGGCUUUGAAGACAGGUUUGCAAUCACUUCAUUCUACACAACAGCACCUUUCUGGAAAACAUGCUUCAGAACAAAGUGACCCUCAACACCUCCCUGCCCACCAAAAUUCCCAACCUGCACAUCCAUUCGGACCUUUUGCCAACAUGAAUAGUUACUCUUAUGUGCCUCAGGAUGAAACGUAUAUGCCUUCUGCCCUUCAGCAAGCAUUUGCUGGCAAUGGCACAUACCAUCAAUCACUGGGUGCUACGCUCCCGCAAUAUAAAAAUAGUGUAUCACUCAGUAGUUUGCCUCAGCCUGCCACUGUAUCUGCUGGGUAUGGGAACUUUGAAGAUUCAAUGAUCAAUUCUGGAAACUAUGCCUUGAAUCCAUCAGUUGUCCCUGCUGGAUCCACCAUAGGCUAUGAUGAUCUUUUAAGCACUCGGUACAAGGACAGCAGUUAUUCGAUUUCCCCUCAGCAGAAUGAGAAUUCAGCCAUGUGGUUCCGGGGAGACGAUUCAAGAACAAUGUCAACUGUUCCACCAAGUACUUAUUACAGCUUGCAGGGCCAGAAUCAGCACUCUGCUGGAUUUGGGCAAGGUCAGCAAUCUUCCCUAAAUUAUGGGGAUGCAAAUUUCUACAAUCCUCAGACAGGGAUGCCAUUUGAGCAGCAACUGCAAAGCCCUAGAAAUGGGUCCGUCGGUGGAUCCUAUGUCCAGUCAAAGCAGAUAUGGCAAAACAGCUACUAGAGUUGCCAAAUCUUAUCUUAUUUAUUUUUUUUUUUCUUUUGCUAAAUCACAUCUCAUGGUUCUUCAUGGUCUCUGCGAUGAGUUUGGAAGUGGCCAAUCAAGCAAACCAUGGUUGAAUCUGAUAAGAUGUGUAAUGGCUCAAAGAGUGUCACUGGCUGCAGCCGUGAACCUCAUAGAUUGUAUUUUACAUAUCUUCAGUUAAAACUUAACAUAGGUAACUGCUAACAUGGAUUAGUAAGCAGUUCCGAAACAUUCUGCCUGACAUUUUUGCAGUCAUCUUUUCUUUUUUGUACUUUUUA